UGCAGCAGUUACAGUCUACAGAGCUAAGCUAUGGAGGAUCUGAGCUACGUUUUUCUACUAUUCCUCCCCAUACUUCUCUUCCACUUACUGAAACUGCGGUCAUCUCGUCCAUCCCUCAGCUCGCCGCCUAGUUGCGGUCGUCCUCUCCCUAUCGUCGGCCAUCUCCACCUCAUCAAGGAUCCCCUCCAGCAAGCGCUCACCGAGCUCGGUUCUCGUCACGGUACAAUCUAUUCUCUCCGACUCGGAUCCAGGUCGUGCGUAGUGGUUUCCUCUCCGUCCGCCAUUGAGGAAUGCUUCACCAAAAACGACGUAGUAUUGGCCAACCGCCCUAGGACUGUGGCCGGGGACCGGCUAACCUACAAUUACUCUACGUUCGCAUUCUCCCCGUACGGACACACCUGGCGCGUCCUCCGCCGGCUGUCGGUCGUCGAGAUGUUCUCGUCAAACAGGCUGCAAAAUUCUGCCGCCCUGCGCCAGGAAGAGAUACGCGUGUUUGUUCGCGAAUUGGCUAAGCUUUGCAAAUCGGAAUGGCAGAAAGUCGAUUUGAACUACUUGUUUUCGGCUUAUGGUUUCAAUUUGAUAAUGAGACAAAUUGCUGGGAGUCGCUGCGUUGCAGAGGAGGAGAUUUGUGGCAAAUUAGGGCCGGAGAACGUGAAACGAAUUCGGGGAUUAUUUUUCAGUAGUGUGAAUUUUGGGGUAUGUGAUUUCUUUCCAUUUUUGAGGUGGAUUGGGUACAAAGGUGUGGAGAAGAAGAUCAUUUCAUUGCACGAGAAGAGAGAUACCUACUUGCAGGGUUUGAUCGACGAGUUUAAGGGAAGAGACAACAAUGGAUUUCCAGAAAAACCAAGCCGAAUUCUUAUCGAAACCCUGCUAUCUCUCAAGGAAUCAGAACCAGAAUUCUACACCAACGACAUCAUCAAAAGCCUUCUUGGGACAAUGAUCAUAGCAGGAACAGAGACCUCUGCAGUGACGAUGCAAUCGGCCAUGUCCCUUCUGCUAUCUCAUCCCGACGAACUCAACAAACUAAGACAAGAAAUCGACGCCAACAUUGGCCACAAUCGCCUCAUAAACGAGGCUGAUCUGCCCAACCUUCCUUAUCUUCGAUGCAUCAUCAAUGAAACCCUAAGGCUGCACACCACGGUGCCACUCUUACUGCCUCACUAUUCGUCGGAGCAAUGCACAGUCGGCGGCUACACUAUUCCGAAGGACACAACCCUGCUGGUGAAUGCUUGGGGAAUGCACAGGGAUCCCCAGGUGUGGGAUGAGCCCCACCACUUCAAACCAGAGAGGUUUCACUGCAUGAAUCUCGAAAAGGAAAUUAGCUAUAAAUUUGUACCCUUUGGGGUGGGGAGAAGGACCUGCCCUGGCGCCGGCAUGGCUAUGCGAACCAUCUCGUUGGCAUUGGGUGCAUUUGUCCAGUGUUUUGAGUGGAAAAUGGUGUCCGAACUUGCGCAGGGUGUGCAUAGUAAAUCUAGUCCCGGGGUUAUUUUGCCAAUGCCAAAUCAUCUGGAGGCUUUUUGCAGUCCCCGUCAUGAGGCUGCUGAUCUUCUACAGCAGCUCUGCAGCAGUUAGCUCAUUGGAUUGCUUAAGGAUAUCAACUGUAAGAUUAUUAACGCGUUCUAGUUUGUAAUUUAUGCAAAGACUGUUAUAUGCAAUGCUGAAAUAAAAGCUUUCUAGAUAAGGAAAGUGUCUGGCUUCCUAUGUCUGUUCGAGUAUCAAUAUAG